AUGGGUGAUGAGAGUGAUUCAAGUGAAGAUUGUUUUGUGGUAUCAACGCGACAUGAUUUCAAUCCUAAACCACAUCUUGUUACGGUUGUUAAAUCUGAUACCGGAUUUGGUUUCAAUGUCAAAGGGCAAGUGAGUGAAGGAGGUCAAUUACGAAGUAUCAAUGGUGAAUUAUAUGCUCCUUUACAACACGUAAGCGCAGUACUUCGUGGAGGCGCAGCCGCGAAAGCUGGAUUAUUAAAGGGAGAUCGUAUUUUGCAAGUAAAUGGUGUUGAUGUAGAAGGAGCAACACACAAACAGGUUGUGGAACUCAUAAAAGAUGGUGGUGAUAAUUUAUCACUAGUUGUGAUUUCUGUGGAUGCUGUUGAUGCAGAGCGUUUUGAAAAUGGUCUCACUGAAGAAAGUUGUGCUUCGUGCAGGUAUGAUUAUUCCGAGAAACGAUCAUUACCCAUUACUAUUCCAAGUUAUCAGACAGUAACAGCAAAUGGAGAACGCUUUGUUGCUUACAAUGUACAUAUGGCCGGUCGACAUCUUGGAUCACGACGUUACAAUGAAUUUGUUCAAUUGCAUAAUUUACUUAAGCAUGAAUUUAUUGAUUUUGAUUUCCCAAAAUUGCCUAGCAAAUGGCCUUUUUCAUUAUCCGAACAACAGUUGGAUGCUCGCCGGCGAGGACUAGAAUCGUACUUGGAAAAAAUUUGCGCUGUUAGAGUUAUAGCCGAUUCGGAUAUUAUGCAAGAAUUUUUGAUGGAAGAGUCGUUGUCAGAGUGUGCAAUUGCUGACGUUCAUAUUCGUAUAUUAUUGCCAGAUGGAAAUUCUCUUCUGUUGAAUAUUAAGCGUCACUGCACAGCAGUAGAAUUAUAUGUGGCGACCCAGAAACGUUUAAAUAUGUCUCAAGAAGCAAGUAGACACUGCGCACUCUUUGAAAUGACUGAAUGCGGAUUCGAGCGGAAGUUAGCAGAUGAUGAGUAUCCACAUGCUCUUUAUAUACAAAAUUACUCAUCCGCAGCAUCAUCCUGUAUUCUCCUUCGGAAAUGGAUUUUUGAUAUCACUAGGGAAAUUGAACUUUGUAGACGUGAUAGGUUAUUCAAAGAAUUAUGUUUCUGGCAAGCAGUUGCAGGUGUGAAUGGUGGUCUUGUAUCUGCCAAGGAAAAAAUGUUUCAGCUAAAAGCAUUACAGAGCAUCGAAAGGGCUGAUAAAUAUUUAAAUAUGGUGCGCGCAAUGGAUGGUUACAACAGAAUUGUUUUUCCUCACUGUGGUUGUGGCAGUCGUAAAGAUGGUGAUAUUAUAUUGUCAGUUGGAUUUUCUCAGCUGACCAUAAGGGCAUGUGAUUAUGAGGGUAAUCUGCAGGAAGAAGAGCUUGUAUUCGACUGGACUGACAUUUUGGAAUACAAAAUUGUUGAUAAUGGUGCUACGUUUGCAUUUGAAUAUGCUCGUUUACAAAAGAAGCCUAAAUCAGUCAAAUUAAACACUCCGUUUGCGAUGUAUAUGAAUUUUUGUUUUUCACGAAUAUUCGAAGAACGUCAAAGAAGCGUCUAA